AUGGUAUCACCCUACCCUGUUAACCCAAGACUGCCACUAGGUAAUUUAGGACGCCAGCGUGUUCGGAAGGAGAUCUCCAAGGCCCUGCGCGCUAAUCCAGAACUGCGUUCUCUGUGCAAGUCAGUGGCACCUGAUAUAAAAAAAGCUACCAAAUCGCAACUUCUGGAAAUGUGUGUUAUUACCGGCACCUUGGAUCAAGCCAUCCAGAUCUCCCAGGAGAAUGCUGCUUCUCACGCUCUCAAUGAUUCUCAUCGAAGUAUUGCUAAUACCAACAACAACAAUCGAGGAACAAGCUCCGUCAUUAUGGAUGGCAAUUUACCACAAAGUAUCGGCUCGGCUGGCUCCAGCACUGCAGUGUCCACGACUUCAGUGAACGAUAAUAGGACCUUUGAUACGAUGAACUUCCCCUUCUGGCUUGAGGAGCAACGGGGCAGAAAUUUUUAUAUGUCUGUCUUCGCUACAUCACAGAAUAUGCAUUCAUCAUCAUCGUCAUCAUCUCCUCAUGAUUUUAAUGCUUUUUUCGACGAGGCCACGGGUGGUGGCCUUAUCAGCUUCCUCCCAGUAGGGAAGUCCAAUUCUGAUGAUGCAAGUGGUGGUGGUGGUGGUUGCAAACGGCAAUUUAAAAGACAGCCUCGGAGACCGCGAACGAAAUCACUGACAGGGCAGAGGUCAAUUCGCUUGGGCAACAACGGUCGGCGGCUCGUGCGCUCUGCUAUUGCGAAGGCUAUGAUGGACAGACCUGACCUGCGGGAGAAGUGUCGUCAAGUGGCCACGGUCAAAUCUGCUACGGUGAAGCAGUUGUUGAAGAUGUGCGAAAUCGUUGGUGUACGAGAUGUUGCUGAGGAUGCCAUCAGAGCUAUGGAUCCGCGUAUUGAUUUGGAAGAUCCCAAGGUCUGGGAUCGUAUCAUGGAGGAGGACACUUCGUACAAAGGGAACGCCUUUAUAACGGCAAAUGAUGAAGCAUCUCAUCGACACGGACUUACCGAUUCGUUGCUAACCACGACGAAGACGACUACGAUGAACCACCGUUUUGCAGAUGAGCAGAAUGAUAGAGUUGAGGAUAUGCGUCCCAUGCUCGAUGUGAUGUCGGACAACUCUGGUGUUGGGAGCAUCGCUCCGCUCAAUCCUCCUCACUUGAACAUAUUCAAUAGCAAUUCUCUGCAACCACAACUGCCGUUAUUCCCAUCUCCAAUUGAGGCCUCUGGGUUGCAGGACAGCUCUACUUCGGCCUCCUUCACUUCUCCUACUCUACCGAGUUGGUUGUCAUCACCGAUGUCUUUUGGUAAGUCGGAACCUAGAGGCUUCGCAGCGAGCUUUGGACUCGACGACGACUCUACGUCGACUAUGCUGGCUGCAAAUUUCAUGUUGUAAUUAUGAAGGUACGCCCUUGAAUGUUUCUUUUCGUUAUUGCCGGUCUAAUCGUUACGAUCAUUACGUUCUCAUCCAGCACCACUCCUCUUAGUGAGGAAGCUACUAACAGUUUUUCACAAUCGCCUUACAUCAUUAAUUCACGAGAAUAUUGAAGAGUGUAACGUAGCUAUCACCAUUGUUCGUAUUGGAUAUUCGUUGUUCGCAUGAGCAUCUAGUAUAGUUUGUCGAGUCCGAGCUGUACGAUUAGACUUGUGGAAUUUGGUCGCCACGCGAGUUGUUGUUACUAUUGGAGGGUAUUAUCACUUCUCCGUGUUCGCUGCUGCGGCUCGCCGGAAUCGUGAAUUAGGAAGAGGAGGAGGAGGAGGAUGAGGAGGUCUACAGAGUUUUAAUCAGAUCUCGUGUAUUAUUAUCAUUUUCGUAUUUUCAAUUUUUUCCUUUCCGCUAAGUACUGUGGAUAGCAGAUUGGUAUUAUUAUUGUCGAAUGUAACGGCCAUACCACACCGUGGUAAAUUCAUUAUCAUCAUUCUCUCUCUCUCUUGUUGGUACUGUUUUAAGGGGGUCCUGGACGGCGUAGGGUCAUUAAGACCGUUACAACUUAGCUCAUACUACCGAAUAGUAAAAAUUGGCUCCGCUUUGUCGACUUGC